AUGCAACCAUUAUUCAGAUCGACGUCUGCAACUUUACACUCAACGCCUUUAAUCAAAAAUCAAAAACCGCGACAGUUAGACGAAAACUUUCAGUUACCUCCUAAAUCUGAUACUAUCGUACCCACUCCAACAGAGGCUGCCUUUCGUAAUAUGUUUGAUGAUUCUUUAAUAC